ACUUUAAACAAAACCACAAAACAAAAAGAAAACUUUAACAAACCCUCCAGUCAAAAAAUUUCGCAAAGAAAAAUGUAAUUAAAUAUAAAAAAAAAAAUUAUAAAUGUAACAAAAUAAAAACAUCACAAUGGAAAAUAUUGAUAUAAAUUUUACUAAUCUAUCAAGACACCAAGUGAUAACAAAAUACAUUGAAAAUUUGCGUUUGAUGAAAUCAAUUGCAGAACAACAUUGCAAUAUACGUGCAUUCCAAUUCGACAAUUACGUAUUAUUUCAGUAUUUCGAACAAAAUCGAUCACCUAGCACUAUCAAUGUUAAUCAUAAUAGCCCCAAUAAUGAUGUUGCAUUUAUCAAAGCUGAAAUAUUAAAACAAAUUAUCGACCGAAAGCGAAAAAUUUUAUUCUGGAUAUUCUAUGUAGCGAUUGCGUGCAUUUUUAUAUCUUAUAAGAAUGAAGCAUCGACCAUUGUUUUACGCAACAUACAAACAUUCAUUUAUCCUGGAAUGAAAGUUUGGAGGAAAAUGACACUGCCAGUGAUUAAGAAAUUCCCCGGAUUAACCGAACUCUACGACGAAUCGUGCUUAAUGAUGAAUCCGUUCUUUCAAGUUGAUGACCUAAAUUGCGAUCCAUGUGCAAAUGUGAAGAAUGUUUUGGAUUUGACAAACAUGGACAAGACAACUGAGUUUGUGCCUUUUGUGUUUAAGAUACAACAAAAAUACAUAGAACCUAAAGAUAUUUAUGAGCUUUACAAUAACAAUCGAGACAUAUUUCAACGUGACGCCUUUCGUGUACAAUCUACAAGUCGUGAAAUCACCAAUCUUGAUGAGUUAUUUAACGAUUUUAACCAUACCCACCAUACAGAAAGUCAUAACAUCUGGCGAUGUAAUCGAAUGCAACCUGCCCGACUAAUUCGUCAAUUGUUUGCAAGACCACAACGUCUUCCAAAAACCGGCAUAGCAUUGGAACGUUAUGUUAUGAUGGAUACAUCAAAUGCUGCAUCAUAUACCCUGCCAGAUACCGAAUGCUCAAAUAUGUAUGUCCAACAAGCGUCAGGAACGCGUUUUAUUAUUCUACGACCAACACCAGAAUGCCGACAUAAAUGCCGUACAUUAUCGAUUCGCUUGCCACAAUCUUUUGUCUUGAGCUAUAAUUGGUGGUAUUGGAAACCUAUAUCUGCACCAGUUCCUUUGACUGAAUCAGUUUCGAUAAGUUUAAUAGGAUCGUACUGUUAAAAACAUGCGCUUCGACAGCUUUUCCUUCCUCGUAAAUUUAAAGAAACAAAAAAAAAAAACGAUUUUAUUACUCUACCUACAAAAUAUCCUAGUCA